GAAUAUUGCAUCAUUGCGGAAUAGUAAUGGUUUUACUCAUGGAACACCAGGUGAAAUAAUGGCCGCUGCAAAGUCUGGAUGUCCUCUUUGUAUCCUACUUGAGAGGAAUUUCGAUCUCGGUCCUCCAUUGAUGCCUGUGCGUCUACACGGUAUCCGUCGAACUCUUCCAUCAAAUGCUUCGUUAUCUGCCAAUGUAGGGGACAUUGAGUCUAUAAGAGUUUUGAACGGCUGCGACAGAGAUAUGGACAACCCUUUCUCCCACACACUAGCACUUUUAACGAACGCUGACGAUCUUGCAGCUAAAUCCCUUUUGAGAAGGCCGUACAUUACUGAUUUUGCUUCUGAAGAAUGUUCAAGAUUGAUAAAAUCAUGGUUGAAUAUGUGCAUUCUUUGCCAUCCAAGUUACACAAUCAACUCUCCCGUGAUUUCUCGCCUAGCAACUCACAUCAUUCGAGUUGGUGCUCACGACGGGCCUGGGCCAGCACUUUUCACUUCACCGCCAGGUUACGAGGGCGUUUAUAUCGCCCUCAGUUAGUGCUGGGGAAAGCGAAAAAAUAUUAUUCUCA